GCGAUCCGCCAUAAUAGAAAAGAAGAAAGAACAAAUCAAUCUGACUUAAAGUCAAGUUCUACGUCAUGAUGAUCGCUGCCUUGAUUAUCUCGGUUCUUUUCCUUACAUGUGGAUCUGCAUCAACAGAAACAGCAGCAACAUUUGUAGUGAAUGUGACACAGAGCAGCUAUCAGGCAGAGGAGAAGCAGAACAUCACUCUGGAGUGGACCUUCACCACCAAGACUCAGGGAACCUGGAAGAAUCUGUUCAUUAUCUGCAGCUUAGAGACUUCUGAUAAAGAACUAGUUCUCUAUGAGGUUAAUGAAGGAGUUGAGAUUCCAGAGUCUCAGGAUGAUCAGUUUUCAGGACGAGUCCAGAGCGACAAAGACGUCCUCAGAGAAGGACGAAUCAGACUCCAUGUGUCCAGACUGAGGACUGAAGACUCUGGUCUGUAUCUGUGUGACGUGAAAACUGAAGAUGGAUUCAACUCUGGAAGAUGUCGACUCAACGUUACUGUUCCAGUGAAGGUUAUUGGUCAUGAUUUGAUUCAUGCAAAGGUUGGAGACGACGUCAUUCUGCCAUGUCAUCUGGAGCCUCCAUUAGACGUGAACAUACUGACAAUCGAAUGGAGAUUCAAGGAUGAAAUAAUCCAUGUGCAACGCAGCCAAACUAAAGAUGAUGGAGCUUCAGAUCCAAAGUACAUUAACCGAACCUUCAUGUUCCCUGAUGAGUUUAAAAAAGGCAACAUUUCCCUCAAAUUGACCAAAGUAACCAAGGAGGAUGAAGGGAAUUAUAUUUGCUUUGUUCCCAAACUGCAAAGUCAAGUCAGGAAGGGAAACGUUACUCUAAUACUUGAUGAAAAUGCAGCGCAACGCGACUCGACUGAUACUAGAGUACCUGAUGCUGGAGUUAUUGUUGGUACUUUUGUUGGUGGGGCUGUUCUAGCAGCACUCAUCAUCAUCAUGAUAUUCUGUGUUGUACGUUGCUGCAGAAGUGAACCAAAUCAUAGA